UUUCCAUUUUUCCUCCGGAAAAACGAAAAGUUUCCACUCCAUUUUCAUCCCUACGUGCUGCUGUGCAGGAUCAGACUCCCGCUCUUCACUAUGUGCCCUCUGAGUUACAGUUGGCUGACUUCUUCACAAAGGCACAAACUCGAGCACAUCAUAGUUUUCUUCUCUCCAAACUCAGUGUUGUUGAUCCACCAUGAGUUUGAGGGGGGUGUUAGAUGUGUAUAGCCCUUUUCGGCCCCUUUUCGGCUUAUCCCCAUUGUAUAAGGGGUCUCUUGCACUUUACCAUACACAUGUAUAUGUACUGGCCUUUGGCCCUCCUGUGAAUGCAGUUACUGUUUAUCCAACAUCUUCCACCAUAAACAUUGCUUUGAACGUUGUAUCUGAACUCAGAAAGGUUACCUCUUCCCCAAGAAUUUGACUCAUAAUGUAAGUGUUAAUCGGGUCACACCAAACUAUGCCUUGUUUUAGGCCUUGAAUCAUUGUGCUCCGGAGUGCCUUCCUUUUCUUAUUCUUCUGCAUGAUGAUUGUGUACUGGUUUGUUAUCAAUACCAGCACAUUAGUGAAUUACGGCAUGCUUCCGCUUGGGCUUGUUUCCGUAGAAAUUAAUUUGUUUAUUUCCUGACUACCUUUAGUUUUUUAUUCUUCAUCAAGAUGUCCAGCACGAGCUGUGUUCCUUCCCCUACCCCUUUUUGUCUGGUUAAUAGUUAAUUUCAUCAUCCUCUGGUUCUUGCUUUAUAGUUUCCAAAACUGAUAACUUGCUCACUUGCUCCUGCAAUUUUUUUAUAGCAAUUAGGGAGGUGCAGAACCAUGAAAAAACAGGCAAAGACACCCAAAAAUUUAUAUGGUUAUCCUUCGGAAUUCCCUUUUUCUUAGAUUCAUUAUCAACAUCAGUAAGCCUUAUGUUGGUCUUUGAAUAAUUCUCAGUUCCUUCUUUUUCUGAAUGUCCAUCGUCAACAAUAUUUCUGGUAUAUGAACGCUGGCACAUCUGCGAGUUAUUAUUGUACGUUUUCUUUUAGGUCUUGAUUCCUUGAAUAUGGAUUCAUCUUUCUCCUAACUAUCCUCAUUUUCUAAUAUUUCAUUAGAAUGUACAACAUGACAUGUCAUCCUAGUCCUAGUCUUUUUAGUGUCCAUAAUGGUUUAUGGGUUGAUCACGUACCCUCCUUGAGGAUGUAUCUUUUCUUUUGUUCGUGCCUAUGUGUUGCUGUGCCCGCAGCCUAGACUUGAUUCUUUUCUCUUGUUCUCCCCUGUAUGUCUUUGUGGACUUACGUUCAGACGGUUCGUUGUAUCGUUGAUGCUUUAUCUAUAAUAAAGCGGGGCACGAAGCCUUUUUCGGUAUUAAUGGUUUAUGGGUUUAUCAUCCUCCAUCUGCCCAUUCAAGGCAUUUGGUGUCUCAGUAACAGGCUUCUACAAAAACAUGACAAUUUGAUAAAUUGCCAUUAACAUUCAAUUUAAAAUAUGGCAUGCAUAUAUAAAAUAAUAUAGAGCAUCGUAGUAGAAAUAGAUGAUACCUGAUUAACAUUUGGAUGAUGUACUGAUGGAUCUUUUUCAGAAUUUAUGAAAAAGAUUCUAUGAACACUUUAAUCUUGAUAACUGUAAUUGAAAUUAUAGCCAUUCAAUAUGAAUUGAAAAAUCAAUCUCCACUCACAUAUUUUCUGGAUUUGUUUUGUCUGCUCAUGGAUAUCACAAUCAUCCCUAUCUAUCAAGAAUUUUGCAGAUUGCUUAAUCAGUUUUUUUUUGCUUCUACUUUAAACAUGGUGCAAGUUGUUGAUGUACUCAGAUCAUAUAUCUCUAGCUCUAUUUCCUCUGCAAUAUCAUCUUGCAAGCGAUACCUGUUUUUGCAUGAGAUAAGUAUCCAUGUAUGUGGUAGAAUAUGAUUUAUUCAUAUUACUGUAGAAGAUCUGUUUCACCUCAUUUGAAGCUCUGUUGUUUCAGGUACCUGUAGAUGAGAGCGAGUACUCUGCGUGCACUUGAUAUUAAAUUAUGUAUAGAAUAAAGACACACAGAGCAAUACUUACCCAUUGUUAAUAUAUAUACAAACCGUUUGGUUUUCUGACAGUUGUUGAUAUUACUACGACAACACAUCCCAAAGAAUGUUCAUCAAUUCGGUCGACCUUAUUACCGUACCUGUAUAUUCCAAGAGACAUAUGACUAUCAGCACCCAUGCUAGUUGUACUUAUCUAAUUUCUGUUAGUGUACUCACUCAAUUUGAAGCACAGUAUCUCGAAUCUAAAAAGCAACAGAAAAGAAUUUGUCUUAUAAACAAACACAGUUUUGAAGAUUAGUACUUUCUUUAGUCUGCCAAAUCCAAGGCUUCAGUUGGAAAGAAAUAAUAGCUCUUGGUCAUCAUGUAGUGUGUAAGCAGUAUGAAGUGCAUAGUCUAACAAUUUGAUUGAAAAAACGGAACGCAUAAUCUCUCAAAAAACUGGGGAGAAAGUAAUAGAACGGACCUAACAGGAGAAGCUUCACCAGUGACGGUGUUGACAACCUACAGGAGCCUUCUUGAUGUUGAGAUUGUCGGCGUUAGGCUGUCAAUUUAAUUUCUAAGUUAGAUCUCCAUGAGGUAUUGGACUUGAGAAUAUCUAGGAUUGAAUCCUUGAUAGGCAGUUGCGGAGCGUGAAUCAAAUAGUAUUAAGAGGGGCCAAAAUGAGUGUAUCAAAAAUAGUCCUAUAUUACAGGUGGUCUCCUCCCCUCCCGUGGCGCUCCCGCGGGCGCCCCUGGGAGGGAACCCUAGCGCCGCCGCCCCCGUCCCUUCGCCCCAUCCCUCCUCCCUCGCCGCCGCCGGUGGCGUCGCCGGCCAAAGGCCGCGUGGCGCAGGCGGCGGCGGGGCGGCUCUCUCCCUCGCGCGGGUGGCUGGCGUCGCGGGGCGGCCUCCCCUGCUCGGUGGCGUCGGGCGCCGGCGUGCCUCUGCUCCGGCCUCCCUCCUCCGCCCCGCUCCCUGGUGGCCAGCCGGCGUCGCCUCCUCUCCUCCUCCCCCUCGACCUCGGCUCGUGGGGUUCUGGAGGCCCGGGGCGUGCUGGCGGCGGAUCUGGCGCCCCCUACCCAGAUCCGGCGGGUGGGGGCGGUUGGCGGCUUCAGGGGCGUCCGGCGGCUCCUUUCAGGUGGUGGUGCUGCAGCCGGGGCUCAUCCUCUCUAGUGGGGUGGCUGGGCUCCGGCUGGACCUGGCCAGGGCAUGGAGACGCGGGGGGUGUGGUGCGCGCGGCUGUUCUCUUGCUGGAUCCGGCCGGAUCUGUCGUUGGGGGCUGGCCGGCGGUGCGUGGUACCGGUGGUGCGUGCCCGGCGGCUCCGGCGCUUGGAGCCCGCCGAGCGACGCGGGUAGGGCAGCGGCCGGGCGUGGCUGCUGCUCCGGUCGUGGGCGACGACAUGGGUAGGUCUCGGUGGCCUACCGGUGUCGUGGCGGCUUCACGGUGGCUCGACGGAUCUGUCCGCGGCAACGGCCGGCUCCUCUGGCGUCGGUUUGUCUGCGUUCGGGCCGCCUCGUCCUUCACCCCAUCUCCUCGUCACCCGGGCGCUACUCCCAUCAUAGGGCUGGUCCUUUCCCAGCUGCGAUCCACCGCUCAUCUCGCGCUCGUUGCCGCCGGACAGAGCUCGUCUCGCGCACGAUGCAGCAGGACCGAGCUCGUCUCGCGCACGAUGUAGCAGGACCGGACUCGUCUCGCGCACGAUGCAGCAGGACCAAGCUCGUCUCGCGCACGUUGCAGCAGGACCGAGCUCGUCUCGCGCACGUUGCUGCAGGACCGAGCUCAUCUCGCGCUUGGGGUAGCAGGAUGGGUCGGUGGAUGCCGACGCUGGGGGUUGCCCAGGGGCGCGAAAGGUGGGACCUUUCCGCUCGUCUCUCUCGUUGGGGUGCGCCGGGUCACGGGUGAGGUGGUGUCGAGGUCUUGGAUGCUGGGGCGGCGGCCCUGGUGGUGGUGGUGGCGCGGUGCUCUUGGACAAAGCCCGCGCCUUGGUGCUGCCCGCUCAUCAUGGCCGUGUGGGCGGCGUGGUUGGCGGGGUGUGGCGUUCGGUGGCGGUGAAUGUUGGCCGAGGUGAAAACCUGCUCUAUCUUCGGACGGACCGGCGGCGGCGAAGAUCGCUCCCUUCUUGAAGGCGUCGUCGCGGCUCUCAUUGUCCGUCUUGCGGCUCCGGGGGAAACUUGAUCCUUGGAUCGGGCGGGGGCGGCGCUCCGGCGUCGUUUCCUUCCUGAAGGCGCCGCCUUGGAGCGCAUGGUCCGUCAUAUGUAGCUUCAUAUCUUCGGGGCGGUAGUGCUAGGAGUAGUGUUGCUGCGCUCAGCGCCUUUGUAUCCCGUCCUGGGUGUGUGCGUGAGUUGCGGUGGCGUAGCGUGUGGUUGUACUGGAUGCUUGUGGGUUGUUGCUUUAUAUAUAAAGCGGGGCGAAAGCCUUUUUCGGUAAAUGAGUGUAUGACAUAAAAAAAAGGCUAGGAUGAUCAGAGACGCCGGAGGAUUAGUAGGGUGAUUAGCAGAAAUAUAAGCACAUUUGGUAAAAUUUCCUCUAGGAAGGGGGGGCCAAGGCCCGGUAUUGUCCCGCCUACACUCUGCCACUGUUGAUAGGAGUAUCAAAGGGCAUGAUAGAAAAACAUCAAGCCCUAAUACAAUGGAAAAGAUAGGGUUGUUUCAAUUUUAAUAAACCAGCAAAAGAAAAUGCAAAACAAAUUAGUGUGAGUAGGAACCUGACAGAUGAGGAAUAAAACAUGCACCAGAUCUAUUCCCCAACUUGCACUCCAAUUUGAGAGAGAGAUGGAUUUAUUUUCCAUGGGGGAGAAGGAGAGACAGGAGAGAUUCUAUGGCUUACGAUUGCUUCGGGUAUUUUUUUUACGUGAGAAGAGGAAAAAAAAUUAUGAGGAAAAUACUAUCUUAGGGUUAUCUCAUUUGCCUUCUAUUUGUACAACCGUCAAAGUAUUGUGGGCCUGCUCCUCGGGCUAGGCUCUCUAAUCAAUUUAUUUUAGGCGAGAUAAUUAUCUGGUUAAUCUGCACCGCAAUAAUUCGGCCCCACCAGAUUAACGGCUCGUAUUUUUUAAUUAACAUGGGAAUUUCUUGGGAGUCUCUAAUUAGUAUAAGUAAGUAUAAGUAUAGAUAGAUAGAAAGAGCUUGUUUAUGGUGUCAUGUGCCAGCUAUUUUAUAUUUUAUUUUUGUGCCUCUUGACACACUUCGAAUGGCUGAAUGCCAAUGCCAGAUUAAACAGACAUUGAUACUUGAAUCACUGGCUUCAUACAGUUCUCUUGUAUUUAGCUGUCUAACCAGUGUACUUGUGUGUGCUAACUUUUACACAACGCGCAAGUUUCACCUUUUUAGCUAAUGUAUGGCACAUGAGUUAUGCAGUAAUGUAAUGUGAGUAUUUCUUAUCUCACAUUCUAUCAGAAUUUUAGCUAAUGUAUUUUUAGACAGUCCACUGUAUUGGUCAAUGGUAUGUUAUACUGGUUAAGUAGGAUGAUUUAAGCAUAUGCAUGCACCCCAUUGUUUUCUAUUGCUGUUUUUUGUUUCACAAACAGUCCACUAUUAUAGUUGAUCUUCUAGUUCAAUGUGCCUUUUCUUCCUGCCAUGGUUUAUACUUAUGAUAUACUCAUUGAGCAGGGAAACCCUCAAACGACAAAGACCAGCAGGAUAGGAAGGGUGACAAUGAGAUGGCAGGCGCUGGAAAUGUUUCUGAUGUGGAUCUUGCUAGGAAAAUGUUAGAUACUGCAAGAGGUAAUAAUGGAAAAGAGCAAAGGCAACACUGCGGAGAUAUCAAGAAUCCUUUCCGCGGAAAAGAGAAAGAGUGGAAUUAAUUUGACAAGUCACUCAGUGAAAUGUUUAACCAUCUUGGAGCAUUUACCUAGCUGUGCUUGACACCAGGGGCAAAGGCUGCCCCUUUUUCUUGUUCAAGGGUGGCGCGGCGAACACAGAUGCAACAUCGGCGAGAGUCGUUGGGGACACUGAUAUUUACCCAGGUUUGGGCCGCAUGGUAACGGCUUGGAUGUUCGCGACUUGUUCAUGGGAGCCCACGACUUGGGCGUUCCUGGGAAGAAUGCGGAUGUCUUGAUAUCUCCUUAUACCUUAUUGUUGGUGCGGAAGCCGAGGGUCACGAAGGUAGCACCUCUCGAUGACCUGCCUGGAUGUCUGUGCUUCACUUGUAUCUCCAGGGAGGAGCCUUGGAUGAUUCUUGGAUAUGCUGAUGCCUAGGUGAUCUCCCGGCAAGGAGCCACUGUGUGCCGCACGCAUGAGGGUUUGUGGGUACCCGAUACCCGCGACACCGACAACCUAACUGCAUUCUGUUUUGGGUAUGAAACUGUCAAUCGUCUGUCAUAUAGCAGUAGUAUUUGCAUCCUUCUGAGGUGGGUCUCUGUGGUUUUAGGAGUACUAAAUUUUUAGUUAGAUACGUGCUGGUAUCUUGUAGAUUUGGCUGGUCUUCCUGUUGCUUAAUUAUCCCCCUUAAUUCAGUCCCGGGACUCCCUGCACCGGCUUGGUCUUGGAGCUGCCUCCAUUAUGUAAAUUGUGUAUACAGAACCAUGAAAGUGCCAAGGAGACUCGGAAAUUCCACUUGAGAAGAUGAGAUAAAGAUCAUUACCAACA